AUGUCGUCGCUGCGCUCGUUGGCCGCUGCCCGCCGCUCGGCGCUUCUCACUGCCCGCAUCCACACAGCGGUUACGUCUUCUGCUCAAGGUCGUGCCCCGCUUUUGCUUUCCUAUGGUGACGGGUUUCUCGGUGCACUGGGCACUGGUAGCUACGAAGACGUGUUGAAGCCCACGCCGUUACCGACGACGACUGAUCUGUCUGUCAAGGAGAUGUCGGCUGGCUGGGCCCAUGCCGGCUUUGUCACACGUGCUGGAGACGCCUAUGUAUUCGGACGGACGCACUCGUUUCGUGACGUUAUUCGCACUACGAACAUGCAGCGCGUUCUUCCGAAGCUCGUCACGUGGAUGAACCGCUUCACGCGUAUGCGCGGAGUCGACACGCUAGAGCCAAUGCGGUUGGCUAUGCCUGAGGGAGAACGAGUCAAGACCAUCGUGUGUUCGACGGCGUUGACGUUCUUGCUGACGGAGAGUGGCAAAUUGUUUACGCUGGGUGCGAAUAGCUACGGUCAGUGCGGUAUUGGCGAGGAGAGCGUGAGUGUGCAGCUGCCGACGCACGUGAACAUCGACAGUGAUGAGAUUGUGGACGUUGCUGCGGGGUACCAGCACGGACUUGCGGUGACAAAGAAUGGGACGGUCUUUACUUGGGGCAAAGGAGAACGUGGCCAACUCGGGUGCGGCACGGGAAACACCGACGCGCCGCAAGAGCUGAUUGCGCUGAAGGACAAGAAGAUCGUCCAAGUGGGUGCUGGCUUCAGUCACUCGUGCGCCCUUUCAGAGGAUGGCGAGUUGUAUAUGUGGGGGAAGCUGCUAAACUUGAAGGGUAAAGCUGUAAGCAACGGCGACCAAGUUGUCCCGCGACUCGUCCAAACUAGCGAUGCUGUGAAGCUCUUCAAGUGCAGCCAAUUCCACACUGCUUUCAUCACUGCUGACGACAAGAUCUGGCUGGCGGGUCGCACACCCUCAGGCCGUCAACAAAGUAACGAUCUUGCGCACGUUACAUCGCAGAUGCACACGACACCACUUCAGAUUACCAAGGACGACGUUGUCUCUGCAAAAGACAUCUUGAAAAUCGGCUCGGGCGUCGAUAAGUCGUCUUUUAUUACGGCUGACGGCCGAGCGUUCGAAUGGAACUUUGAGUCUGGAAUCCACCAAAUGGAAGAACUUGGCGGUUUACAAGUCGUGUCAGCAGAGAGUGGCUUUCACUACCAUCUUCUCUUGGCACAGCCCACAAGCUAG